AUGCCUGAAGAUUCCAAAACACUGUAUCACGGAGUAGGAGACACGACUCCCCCGCCUCCCCAGAGCGAAGGACAGCUUGAGUCCGAUAACCUACCUCCUCGACGACCACGCCAUAUCACGCACGACAUGGCAGUCGACAGAACGUCAGUAAAGUCCACGUUGAUUUCCGACUCGCACAAGUCCUUCAAAAACCAAGGCUCGAAUCAAUUCGUCGUUCGGGUUAGCAAGGAUGAGAGGCUUCGACUUGCACAACUGGACAUAAAGGACAGGCUCAAUAAAGUGGACAGCGGUCUGCGCGUAUUGAAGGCAAGGUUGAAAACCAAGGAAGAGAAACUGACAUCGCGUUAUGACAUGCCAAAGAACAUCAUGACUGCAGAGCAAAAGCUGAAGGUCAAGAUUGAGAAGGCAAAGGAGGAAUUGAGCGCUAAGGAGGAUCUAGCUGCGGCGCGACGUACAAAGAAGCAUGGAAUGCGCGAUGAGUGGGCCAAGAAGCAAAAGGUAGACUAUCAGCAGCGAGAGGCAAAACGACGAGAGCAAGCAAAGACGGACAUUGGUGCAGAGAUGGCAAGUGCCGGAGCUGCGAUGGCGACUUCUUGUGAGGGUGACUUCGACAUCGAUGUUUACGAUAACUAA